AUGACCAACGGCACUUCUACCGUCAAUCCUUCUGAGGUCGGCUGGCAAUUCGUCCCUCAAUACUAUACUUUUGUCAACAAACAGCCCAAUCGUUUGCACUGUUUUUACACUAAAUCUUCUACUUUCAUUCAUGGCACCGAGGGUGAGGAUGGCAAACCUUGCUUUGGCCAGCAGGAAAUUCACAACAAGAUCACAUCGAUUGGAUUUCAGGACUGCAAAGUUUUCAUCCAUUCAGUGGAUGCCCAGUCGUCUGCAAAUGGCGGAAUCAUUAUCCAAGUGAUUGGUGAGAUGUCUAACCAUGGGGAGCCGUGGCGCAAGUUUGUGCAGACGUUCUUCCUUGCUGAGCAGCCAAACGGAUAUUUCGUUCUGAACGAUAUUUUCCGUUUCCUCAAAGAGGAGGCCGUGGAGAGCGAUGAUCAGGCAAGCGACGUCGAGGGCGCUGCUCCGGCUCAGAGACCCAUUCCUCCCGUCUCGGAGAACGCUCCUACACCUGCCCCACCCGUUCAUGCUCCGCCCACUCCUGCACCUCCUACAGAGCCUGAACCUGAGCCUGCGAUGACGCCGACACCUCCGUCUGCGCCUGUGAAGCUGACGGAUGAAUUGUCUGUUCCUGCUACGUCCUCUCCCGCACCGGAGCUCCAACAACAGCCUAAUGGCGUCCACUCUCCUGAACCGAGAUCAGAGCCAACUCCUGAGCCGGAGUCAGUUGAGAGAUUGCCAUCGCCCGCUCCAGAACCUCCCGCGACGGCUUCUCCACCACCUGUCUCGCCCCCUGCUUCUCAGAACCAGCCACUGCCAGCUCCCCCCGCACCGCCUGCACUUUCGCAGCCCCCGGCUCUCGCUCCCGUUGCACCGCAGCCAACACAACCACCGCAGCGGAAAACUUGGGCGAAUUUGGCCGCGAAGGAUUCCAAUAAAUGGGGCGCUGCCGUUGCUAACGAAGUACGUGGCGUGAGCGAAGCGCCUGCUACCACUGGGUCGCCUGUACCGCUUAGUGGACCUCAAUCACCCGCUCCGCACGCUACUUCACGACCUACCGCCCCCAGGGAGCAACAUCCUGCAUAUGUGGCAGCGCAGUCGGUGCAAACAGCGCAGUGCUUUGUCAAAAGCGUAACCGAAAAUAUUCCCGAUGCUGCUCUGAAAAACUCACUUGUCCAGCGGUUCGGGCCUGUCAAGGAGUUGGAGAUUCUCCGGCCGAAAGCGUGUGCGUUCCUUGAGUUUACGCAACUCGAGGCCGCCCGGCGUGCCAUUGCCGCUUCCCUACCAAUCUCACAGGGCGGUGAGGGUGGUGUUCGGAUCGAGCUGGAAGGUGGUGCCACGGCACGUAUCCUUGUUGAGACGCGGAAGGAGCGCGGUGAGCGUCCCCCACCUCGCGGACCACCUGUGAGUGGUGGGGACAGGAGAGGCAACUUCCGUGGUCGUGGUGGUCCAGGUGGCGGACGUGGACGAGGUGGACCUAUUCCGCCGAAGUAG